AUGGGAAAUUGUUGUAAUGGGAAUUAAAUGCUAGAUCGACAGAACCCGCAAAUCAUUUUAGUUACAGACUUGUAGAACAACUCCCUAUAAGUUGAAAGGGCUGCAAUCAAAAUUCAAUCUUAUUUCAGAGGAAUCAAGGUUAGAAAGGACAUGAAAUCUAUGAAAAAUCAAUACCAUUGUACUAAUGAACACGCCCCUUUGACCAUGGUUGCCAAACUAUCCAGAAUGCCCAAUUAUCUUAAUGAAAAAACAAAAAAAGUACAUGAGGAAUAAGGACCAUUUCCAGAAAUCUUAGAGCCAGAUUUACCUAAAUUAGGACCAUAUGAAUACAAUGAUUAAACAGUCUAUUAUGGCCAAUACAAAAAUGGAUUGAAACAUGGUUAAGGUACUUAAAUAUGGAUAGAUGGAUCAAUAUACGAAGGUUAAUGGCAAAAGAACUCUGCCUAAGGCAUAGGCAGAUUAAUCCACUGUGGUGGAGAUGUUUAUGUUGGAGAGUGGCAGAAUGAUAAAGCUAAUGGAUAUGGGAACCUAUAUACAUGCGGAUGGUGCAAAAUACGUAGGUUAAUGGAUGGCAUUGAAACUUGGCCAGAUAACUCCAUUUUUAAAGGACAAUAUUCUAUGGGCAAGAAGCAUGGUCAUGGGGAGUUUCAAUGGAAGGAUGGCUCUAAGUAUAUAGGGGAUUUCGAUAGCAAUCUGAUUCAAGGCUAUGGAGAGUACACCUGGUUUGAUGGGAGAAAGUACAUAGGGGCAUGGAAGAAUAAUAAAAUGGAUGGCCAAGGAAUUUUCACAUGGUUAGAUGGCAGAAGAUACAAAGGAGAGUAUAAAAAUGACAAAAAGGAUGGCUAUGGAGAAUUCAAAUGGCCUGAUGGGAGAAUUUAUCGUGGAUAAUGGUAGAAUGGGAAACAACAUGGAAUAGGAGUUUACAUAGGGGAAUCGAAUGUGGAGAAACAAGGAAUUUGGGAACAAGGGAAGAGAGUUAGAUGGAUUCAUAAAGGGGAAUCUGUUAUUACUGAUUGA